AAGAAUAUUAACAAAUUGUCCAGUCUUGACGUCGGCUCCUUCUCUCGUUUCUUGAGGUUGAGACCUCGUAGAGUUUUCGGCCAUCACCUGGUUGCUCGAUAACGUUUAUAACUCCACUCGUUAUCGCAUCACUUACCAAGAUGACGGCGUUGGUGUAACUUCUGCUCGUCUAUGGUGGCGACUUAAGAACGUCGCUCACCAAGACCUAUUUUCAUGAUCGACCGCUGCGCCGGCCUUAGAAUCAAUCUCAUUAAGGGGUUAACAGGUUUCCGGUCAGUAGACGUCCGAACCAGUUACAUCGUAGCCGUUCGAGCCAGCAGUGUCGAUUCUUCCCACUCGCGAUGGUGAUGUAAACGAUCGACUAAGACCUCGGGACGGAAACUCUGCAAAAUGGGAGAUAUCAUUGAAGUAACUCGAAACGGGAGCAACAUGGCGUACCAAGGUCUAUCGAAGCACGUCAACUUCGAGGUGGUUCCCGACCCCGAGGAUCGCUUCACCCUGGAGGAACUCAUCGGCGAGGGGACUUACGGGGAAGUCUUCUCGGCGCGAGAUAAGCAAACCGGUGAUCGGGUUGCGAUUAAAAUUCUGGAAAACCUGGCGGACAAUAUCGAGGAGAUCGAAGAGGAGUUUCUCGUGCUUCGGGAUCUGAGUCUUCACCCGAACAUACCUCUUUUUCACGGGCUGUUCUUGAAAAGAAUGCAGUCUUCUCACGAGGAGGACCAGUUAUGGUUCGUGAUGGAGCUUUGCACGGGAGGAUCCGUGACCGACCUCGUGCAGGGCUUGAAGAAGCGAGGCAGUCGUCUGACGACCGAUAAAAUUGCGUACAUUAUUCGAGAGACGGUGGAAGCACUGAUUCAUCUGCACGGUAACCAUUGCAUGCAUCGCGACGUAAAGGGACACAAUAUAUUACUAACCGAGGAAGCCCACGUCAAGUUGGUCGACUUUGGCGUCUCUUCGCAUCUCGCGGCCACCCUGGCCAGAAGAAACACGUCCGUUGGGACGCCGUAUUGGAUGGCUCCCGAGGUGAUAGCCUGCGAACAGCAGCUGGAUUCGUCGUACGACUGCCGAUGCGACGUCUGGUCGAUCGGAAUAACGGCGAUCGAAUUGGCCGAAGGCGAUCCUCCGCUCUCCGAGUUACACCCCAUGAGAGCGCUCUUCCAAAUUCCAAGGAACCCUCCACCGGCGCUCAAGAAUCCGGACCUUUUCUCCCCGGAACUGACGGACUUCGUAGCCGAAUGUCUCGUGAAAGAUUUGGAACACCGGCCCUUCGCCAGCGAGCUCCGGGAGCAUCCGCUGUUGGCGAACGUGGAGUCGGCCGUGGAAGAAAUCAGAGCCGAGCUGCGCGAAGAGAUUCGCCGGCAAAGAAGCGAAGGCAGAGUCCACAGGCAGCCGGAAGUAACGACCAAGCAUGGCAAGCUCAAGACGGACCGAAAGGCUCGGCCUGAAAAAAUGUACAGGGAUGACCUGGCGGCGUUGGACAUGCUCUCGGAAGAAACUAUCGUCGAACAGCUACAACACCGAUACGAGCAUUCGCAGAUAUACACCUACAUCGGCGACAUCCUCGUGGGCGUCAAUCCGUUCAGCAAUUUGGGACUUUAUACCGGCCUCGAACAAAGAAGAUACAAAGGCCAAGCCAGGUCGGACAAUCCGCCGCACAUCUUCGCCGUGGCCGAUGCGGCUUAUCAGGCUCUUCUUCAUCAACGUCAAAACCAGGCGAUCGUUAUAAGCGGCGAAUCGGGAGCCGGAAAGACGGAGAGCGCCAAUUUGUUGCUGAAACAAUUGGUGUACCUCGGCAAGGCACCCAACCGGAAUUUAGAAGAAAGAAUAUUGCAGAUCAAUCCGAUCAUGGAGGCGUUCGGUAAUGCCGCUACGGGGAUCAAUGCAAAUUCCUCGAGAUUCGGGAAGUACCUUGACCUUACCAUGACAAAAGGUGGAAAAGUUACCGGAGCAAGAGUAGCGGUGUAUCUGUUGGAACAGUCCAGGGUGGUAGCUCAAGCCGAGGGAGAGGGAAAUUUUCACGUUUUCUCCUACGUGUACGAUGGACUGGAGGCGGACGACCGCCUUAAGGAAUUCCAGUUGGACUGUCUUAGAAAUCGGCAUCGUUAUCCGUCCGAUCCCGGUCAGACGUCGCAAACUAAUAUCGAUAAGUUCCAGCAGCUGAAGAACGGAUUCAAACUUCUCGGGUUUCAAGACAGCGAAGUCGACACGGUGUACAGUGUCUUGGCUGUCAUUCUUCAUCUCGGUGACAUCGAGUUCAGUGAAGUCGUGUCGGAAGAUAAUACCGAUAAUAAGAGCGAGGUCGUCGACAUGGCUCCUUUACGGAGAGUGUCUCAACUACUUGGCGUCGAGACAAAUGAUCUUCUCGAAACAUUGACAUCGAAUUCCGUCGUGACAAGAGGAGAAACCAUCACGAGAAAUAAUACAGUGGCCGAAGCAAGCGCCGCUCGAGAUGCAAUGGCCAAAGGCCUUUACGGUCGAUUGUUCGACUGGAUGGUUAACCAGAUCAAUUGCUUAUUAAGUUUCAAUCGUUCCCCUAAUUACGAACCGUUGGCGAUCGGCUUGCUGGACAUCUUCGGAUUCGAGAACUUCCCAAAAAAUUCCUUCGAGCAGCUCUGCAUAAACGUGGCGAACGAGCAGAUACAAUACUACUUCAACCAGCAUAUAUUUACGUGGGAACAACAGGAGUACAUGGCCGAGGGAAUCCCAGUCGACGUAAUCGAAUUUUCCGACAAUAGACCCGCGUUGGACAUGCUUCUCAGCAAGCCGAUGGGACUGCUGGCGUUGCUGGACGAAGAGAGUCGCUUUCCAGGAGCUACGGACAAAUCGCUCAUCGAGAAGUUCCAUAACAAUAUAAAAUCCAAGUUUUACGUGCGACCGAAGUCGGAUGCCGUUUGUUUCGCCGUUCAUCAUUUUGCUGGACGCGUCGUGUACCAAGCGGACGGUUUCUUGGAGAAGAACCGAAACUUCUUGCCACCGGAAAUGAUCCAAUUAGUGCGCCAAUCGCAGUUCGAUAUGAUCCGUUUCCUCUUCCAAUGUCCCAUUACGAAGACCGGCAAUUUAUACUCGGCCAUCCAGGACACUGGCUCUCGAAAGACAAUUCAGUCUCAUCGAAAUACGAAGGAACGUUAUUCGAGCAGAGGUUUGGCUUCGCAGUCUAGAGUGCAACAAACGGUAGCUACGUACUUCCGUUAUUCUCUAAUGGAUCUUCUGCAGAAAAUGGUAUCGGGCUCGCCACAGUUUGUCAGGUGCAUUAAGCCAAACGAUUCGAGAAGCCCGAGAUUCUUUGACCGAGAAAAGGUUAUUAAACAAUUGAGAUACACCGGAGUUCUGGAAACAAUUAGAAUUCGACAAAACGGAUUCUCUCACCGAAUACCAUUCAAUGAAUUCUUAAGAAGAUACUGUUUCUUGGCGUUUGGGUACGACGAAAGAGUCGUGGCUAGUCGAGACAACUGCAGAUUGCUCUUGGUGCGUCUUAAGAUGGAUGGCUGGGCCCUGGGAAAGACGAAGGUCUUCCUCAAGUACUACCACGUAGAGUUCCUAUCGAAGAUGUACGAGGAACAGUUGAAAAAAAUUAUCAUGGUUCAGGCGUGCGUAAGGCGUUGGCUGGCCAAGAUCAGAUUCAAGAAGCAGAAGUGGCAACUGGCCAUAUCGGUUGUGACGUUGCAACGUCACAUUCGAGGAUGGCUCACGAGGAAACACAUGGAGACGGAGACGUUGGAAGGAAGAGCCAAGGCAGAGAUCAGCGAAGAGGAAGAUCCACUGGAUCAAAUAAAUGAAAUAAACAACGAGAUGAACUGGUAUAAGAACAGAAUCCUGCGAAGCAUGUCUCAAGGAGACGAAAGCGUUAAGAGUUUAGAAGAGAAACGCGGUAGAGAGAGCUUGAACAAGGAUGACGCAGCAGUUGUCAUUCAAAGUCACUUUCGGGGUUACACGAUUCGCAAACGGUUUGGAUACGAACUGGAGGAACGCUUCAAAACGAUCUUGAAUGACUACGAUAACAAGCAGGACGGUCUUAGAGCAUUACUGAGAGAAGGAUUGAGAAACGAGGAUGCCGCAUUUAUAGUACAAAGAUGGUAUCGCAAGGACGGGAAAAUAAAGAAGAAACCUCAAACGAAAGACUCCAUUCAUCCAAAGUUAAGGCAGGCGGAUCUCAUUCAAUUCUCACAAAAUGUUCACAUGAAGAACCAAGAAGUGCACAAGAACUUACGACGUAAUAAGGCCAGCAUCAGAUUAAACGAGAUCGAAGAUCCUCCAGAGGAUUACGUCCGUCCUCAAGGAUUCGACAUGGUGAAUGCCGUCCUACUGUAUCGAAGCGGAGGUCGACCGGAAGCCGAGGAAACUGCAAAAUUCUACAGAGACCUGAAGGAAGAAAUGAGCAGUGGUUCGGAAUUCGAAGACGACGAAGUUGGCUGGGACUCACCGUUGAUACAGCUAGAAAAUGACCUUCACCCGUCGGCGAGUCGCACGAACCAAAUUCUGGAAGUGAAUGCCGAACGGCGGGAACGUCUAGAGGCACAGGGGGAUUUUGCAGUAGCCCCGGAUCAGCAGCUCUCGGAUAUUUGGCACAAGGCUCUCAGGAACCCGGGCGAAUCGUCAAAUACCGAGGCAGCCACCAAUACCAUCAAUACAAGGACUAAUGGACUGCAUCCCCACAACUUGCGACUCUCUGCCAACCUUACAACCUCGAAACAAAGGUUUACAAACAACUUUUCAUAUAUCUACGAUCCAAACUGCAUACGACAUAAAGCGCGUCAGUGGCACCACGGAAUGAGCGAACGAUGUCGAGGUCUUAACUCUGAAACAAAUACAAAGUUCAAUAUGCUGUGCUCUUCAGGAUUUCUUUCCAAGUUGCUCGGGAAAGAGAAAACCUUUAAACAUGUAAUUGCAGCGUAUGCUUCUACGGGUUUGAGACUUUGGGAGCAAGAUAUCGAUACUGAAAUAAAAUUUAAAAUAGAAGAAUAUUGGAAAGAUAAAAUAAAUGAAGUACCUAAUCUUAAAAAACUCGAAACAAGGGAUAAAUUUUAUGUUCUUUCGAUGUUUCCAUAUCCUUCUGGUGCUCUUCAUAUGGGCCAUGUGCGGGUUUACACUAUCAGUGAUUCGGUGUCUCGUUUUUAUAGAAUGAAAGGGUACCAUGUUUUACAUCCUAUUGGAUGGGACGCAUUUGGGUUGCCUGCAGAAAAUGCAGCCUUAGAAAGAGGAAGAGAUCCUAACGAAUGGACUCAACGGAAUAUAAGUAAUAUGCGUGAACAGUUAAAAAUGCUCGGUUGUCUGUUUGACUGGGAUCGUGAAAUUCAGACCUGUAGUCCCGAAUAUUAUAAAUGGACUCAAUGGUUGUUUCUGAAAUUAUUUGAACGUGGUCUAAUUUAUCGUAAACAAGAAUUUGUUAACUGGGAUCCCAUUGAUCAAACAGUGCUGGCUGACGAGCAAGUUGACGAGAACAAUUGCUCUUGGAGAUCUGGAGCUAAAGUUGAAAAGAAAUUGUUACACCAGUGGUUUAUUAAAACCACUGCAUUUGCUGAGUCUCUAAUGGAGGGGCUGGAUGACAGAACUUUAAAGGAAUGGAGGGACAUUAUAGCCAUUCAAAAACACUGGAUAAGAGAAUGCAAUGGCACUAAUUUCGACUUCGAGUUAAUCUCUAACUUACCGGAAUACCCCAAAAAAUUAACUUUAUGGACCGAAUUUCCAGAGUUUGUUGAAGAAGCAAAAUUUGUGGCAAUUUCCGACAAGAGUAUUCUCAAUAAAAUGGAAACAUUUAACACGACAGGUGCGACGAAGCGUUUGAAUGCCAAAGUGAAGAAUCCGUUUACCGAGAAAGAGAUACCGAUUUUUGUUACCAAUGAAAUCGAAUUUCCGCCGUUUAGGGACAAUCAUUUGGGUAUACCUUGCAUAUCGGAGAAGGAUGCUGAAUUCUGCCAUUCAAUGGGAUUAAAAUUUGAGUCGAAGAAUGUGCAGUGCUUUGAGGAACGGAAACAGAAGCAAGUAGAAGUGCUGAGCAAGGCCAAGGAAUGGAACAUUGGUGGAUACCCUGUUAGCUCGAAAUUGAGAGAUUGGCUAAUUUCUCGACAAAGGUAUUGGGGAACACCGAUUCCAAUUGUUCACUGCAAUGUGUGUGGCAUACAACCAGUUCCUAAAGACCAGUUGCCAGUGUUAUUGCCAAAAAUCACUGGAUCUGAAUUCAAAGCUGGAAAACUAUCUAUGUUAGAAGCGAGCGAUUGGUUGCAAACGAAGUGUCCCAGCUGCGGGAGUCCUGCAAGAAGAGAGGCUGAUACUAUGGACACAUUCGUCGACAGUUCGUGGUACUUUAUGCGAUAUGUAGAUCCACACAACCCUUUCGAGAUCUUUGCCUUAAACAAGGCUGAAAAAUUCCUGCCAGUUGAUCUUUACAUUGGGGGAAAAGAACACGCUACGCUCCACUUGUAUUAUGCAAGAUUCAUCAACCAUUUCCUACAUUCGGAAGGUUUGCUACCGACCCGAGAACCAUUUAAGCAAUUAUUGGUCCAAGGCAUGGUGAUGGGGAAGACGUAUCGAUUGAAGAAUACCGGAAAAUAUCUUGAAGAAAAGGAGAUCAAGAUGGUAGACGAUACGUGUGUCGAGUCAUCUUCAGGGGAACCUGUGAUUGCAGCCUGGGAGAAGAUGUCGAAGUCAAAGCAUAAUGGCGUUAAUCCUAUGGAUGCCAUUUCAAGUUAUGGCAUUGAUACGACUAGACUUCUAAUUCUAGCAGAUGUAGCUCCAACGUCGAAUCGAAAUUGGCCGCCAAAUACACUUCCUGGCAUUCUCAAUUGGCAGUUUAAAUUGUGGAAAUCUGUACACCAGUUUAUUAUAACACGUACUAAACUUCAAUCAGGUGAAAUUAAAUCUAAAGUAACGGAACAGAAAUUUGCCGAAGAGGAUACUUAUAUGUUCGACAGCAGGAACUAUUACAUUAAAGGAGUUACGUUCAAUAUAAUUGAGUCACAACAGUUAAGUGUUGGCAUAUCAAAACUGCAAGGACUUACUAACAGUUUGCGGAAGGUUUCAUUAGACUGUGUAGGAAGGAGUCGAGAAUUUGAACGAGCAUUAGCUGCGCAGAUAAUAAUGCUCGCACCGAUGGCACCUCAUUUCGCAUCUGAAUUAUGGUCUGGUUUUUGUUUGGCUCCCAAUCGACUUGUACAUAACGAUGAAAUACAAUGGGACAAAGAUGUGUUGCAACAAAAGUGGCCGGAACUGGAUGCUGCUUAUAAAUUAACACUUUAUGUGUUUGUUAACGGGAAUGAAAUUAUGAAGUUAAAAAUUCCCGGAACUGAAUUAAAUGGCAUGACCAUCGACGAAGCUGCUCGGCUAGUCAUGAAGGAAAAGAAAUUUAACAAACAUUUGUUUGGAAAGCGUAUUAUUAGUCUGUGGCUAGACUUAGACGAAGGGAACGACGCAUCUAUUGCCUUUGUUGUUCAACAGAAAGAGAAAAAAGCAUUGCAGGCGAAUAUGAUAGCAGAUGAAGCUUCGCAGACGUAAAGCAAAAGUCAAGAGUCUCGAUGGUAGUUCCGUAAACUAGACAAUACAGAGAUUUGCCUUAAAAAGGUCUUUGAAAAUAUUGAGGAAAAAUGACUUAUUCGUACAUAUGACUUCCUGGACAGGAGAAAAGUCACAGCAAAU